UGAUUAAACCUGGUUCUUUUUAUUUAAUUUUUUAAUAUUUAUAAAAAAUGACUUUGAGAAAGUUAAGGUUGGUCAACUAUAUAUAAGAUUACUAACACAAACAUCAAGAAACAGGGAACUGAAGAGUUAAGACAGCAGCAAACAGACUCCAAGUUAAAAUCUCAAGGUCAAUCUCACAUUCCCAAUGCUAUUAGCCAGAGCUCUGUAACUGAGGCCUGGUCUACACUAGGAGAUUAUGUCAAAUUUAGCAGAGUUAAUUCGAAUUAACCCUGCACCUGUCCACACAACGAAGCUAUUUAUUUCGACAUAGAGGUCUCUUUAAAUCGAUUUCUGUACUCCUCCCCGACGAGGGGAGUAGUGCUAAAUUCGACAUGGCCAUGUCAAAUUAGGGUUAGUGUGGACGGAAUUCGACGCUAAUAGCUCCGGGAGCUAUCCCACAGUGCACCACUCUGUUGACGCUCUGGACAGCAGUCCGAGCUCGGAUGCUCUGACCAGCCACACAGGAAAAGCCCUGGGAAAAUUUGAAUUCCCUUUCCAGUCUGGCCAGUUUGAAUCUCAAUUCCUGUUUGGACAUCGUGGCGAGCUCAGCAGCACUGGCAACGAUGCAAAGCUCUCCAGCAGAGGUGACCAUGCAAUCGCUGAAUAGAAAGAGGGCCCCAGCAUGGACUGAUUGGGAAGUCUUGGAUCUGAUCGCUGUGUGGGGCGAUGAGUCUGAGCUUUCGGAGCUGCGAUCGAAAAAACGGAAUGUGAAGAUCUACGAGAAGAUCUCCAAAGCCAUGACAGAGAGAGGAUACAGCCAGGAUGUAACGCAGUGCCGCGUGAAAAUCAAGGAGCUGAGACAAGUGUACCAGAAGACCAAAGAGUCAAACGGAUGCUCCGGAUCCCAGCCCCAGACAUGCCGUUUCUAUGAGGCACUGCAUUCCAUUCUAGGUGCGGCUGCUACCACUACCCCACCACUGUCCAUGGACUCUGACGAUGGGGUAUUGUCGACGGCCACUUCCUCGGAGCUGUUCGCGGACGGAGAAGAUGAGGAAGGAGAUGAGGAGGACGAGGCAGUCGACAGCGCUUUCAACGCUGAUUUCCCCGACAGCCAGGAUCUCUUCAUCACCCUCAUGGAGAUCCCCUACCAACCUUCCCAAGGCGGUAACCCGGACCAUGAAUCAGGGGAAACAUCAGUAGCUGCAAGCGUCUCCCGAGCUACCCCGGCAUCCCCCUCCCAGAGGCUGGCACAGAUCAGGCGGCAAAAGAAGAGGACACGGGACGAGAUGUUCUCAGAACUUAUGGUCUGUUCCCAAGCCGAGGCGGCACAGCAGACCCAGUGGAGGGAGAACAUGUCGCAAUACCAGCGAUCACACAGCGAAAUGGAGGACAGGUGGCGGCAGAAAGACCAGCAGGCGACUCAAACGCUGCUUGGACUAAUGAGGGAGCAAACGGACAUGCUCCGGCGCCUUGUAGAUGUUCUGCAGGACCGGAGGCAGGAGGACAGAGCCCCGCUGCAUUCUAUCUCUAACCGCCCUCCCCCGCCACAAAGUUCCAUCCCCCCCCUCACCCAAAGUCCCAAGAAGGAGGGGCGGCAGGGGCCAUGAAAACAGUCACUCCAGACUGCUCAGAUUGCAGAAGGCUCUCAUUCCCAAAGAUUUGAUACAUCCUUUCCUUCCCUCCAAAUGCACCUCACCCAAGCCCCUGUCCCAGUUUCAUCCCUUAACUGUGUAGUUCUUAAUAAAAAAUACGUUUCUGUUAAUUACUGUUUCCCUCAUGUUCUUUUAGAGGACAGUGUGUUUGAAGGGGGGAAAGGGGGUUGGUAAUUGGAGAGCACGGUCACCUUUACCAGGGUACAGACAUGGGGGCAGG